ACUUCUAUUCCCAGGUGGCUCGAUAAGCAGCAGUUCAGCCACUACACACAGAGGGAGACACAUUUGAAGAGAGUCCUGGGUUUUGGUAGAGUGACUUCCAUUCACAAAAAUGAUGUUCCUGAACUGAAGAAGCUGGGGUUCAUUUCCACAACUGUGGAAAAAUGAUAACCAAUAAAAGAUCCCAGUUUUGGUUAGGAGGAAUCUCACGAAGUAAGUCUGAAGGAAAUUUGUUUGAUAUGGAAGCUCAAAAAUCCUCAAGAAAUUUCCAUGUGACAGAAUCUACAGACCCAGGAUUUCUUCUCCAUUGGCCGGAUCCUUUCACAUGUCAGGGCAAUAAGGCUUCCGAGGUUACAAAUCCAUUCUGGAAUGACCUGUCUGCUUCUAACCCGUUUUUGGAUGACAUAACUCAGCUAAGAAAUAACCAGAAGAGAGAGAAUAUUUCCAUCUUGAAGGAAGAUCCUUUUCUUUUUUUUAGAGAAACAGAAACUGGAAAUUCUUUUGAUUCCUCUGGUGAUGAACUAGAUGUGCAUCAGUUACUCAGGCAGUCUUCCUCACGGACAUCUGCAAGAUCUAAAAGUGUUUCAGAACUCUUGGACAUUUUAGAUGACACAGCACAUGCCCAUCAGAAUAUACAUAACUCUGACCAGAUACUAGAACAAGACUUAGAAUGGCUUCAGAAUGAUAGAGAGGCUUAUAAAAUGGCUUGGUUAAGUCAACGCCAGCUGGCCCGUUCAUGCCUGGAUUUGAAUAUAGUUAAUCAGAGUCUGGGAUGGGCCCAAACACAAGUAGCAGAGACAGUGAUAGUUUGCAAAGUAAGCCACCAAGGAGGGUCAGUACAAUUACCCGAAUCAGGUAUCACUGUUCAUGUGCCCCAAGGCCAUGUAGCCGUGGGAGAAUUCCAAGAGGUGUCUCUAAGGGCAUUUCUUGAACCUCCACAAAUACUUAACCAUGAUCUUUCAUGCACUGUAAGCCCACUGUUGGAAAUCACGUUAGGCAACCUAAAUACAAUGGAAGCCGUUUUGCUGGAGAUGAAAAUAGGGGCUGAAGUGAGAAAGGAUCCUUUCAGCCAAGUCAUGACAGAAAUGGUGUGUUUACACAGCCCUGGUAAAGAAGGCCCUUUCAAAGUGUUAAACAACUGCUAUAUUUAUAAAGACAUCAUCCAAGUCAAGCUAAUAGACUUGAGCCAGGUGACAUACCUCGUGGUUGCUGCACAAAUUAAAGCUAUUCAGUCACCAACUGCCACCAUUUGGGAUUGUAUCCACAAAACCACCUCCAUUGGAAUUUAUGGGCCCAGAUAUAUUCAUCCCAGUUUCACUGUUAUUUUCACAGUUUGUGGACAUUGUUACAUGCCAGGAAAGCUUACAAUCUCUGAUAUUAAGAAGGGUGGAAAAAACACAUCUCCAGUUGUGUUUCAGCUCUGGGGGAAGCAUUCGUUCUUACUUGACAAGCCACAAGAUUUAAGUAUUUCUGUUUUUUCAUGUGAUCCUGAUUUUGAAGUAAAGGCAGAAAGAGAAAGGAAAGAAAUUAAACAAAAGCAGUUGCUCUCAGGUGAAGUAGUUCAUCAGCAGUUUUUAUUUUCCUUAGCUGACUCCAGAGAAAUGCACAUAUUUGUUUUCCGUGUUCAGGUGGAGCCUCCCAAUGGUAGAGCAGUUACACAGUUCUUUGUCACUACACCUGAUCCAGCUCCCAAUCUUAAAAGGCUCUCAAAUCGGUUAGGCGUUUUGCAGGAAGAGAAGAAAAUCAAGUCUGCUCCGUUAUUGCCAGCAGUGUGUGUGAAAUACCCCACAUUUCAAGAUAAAAAAAUGAACUUUACCAACUAUGGGAUAACUGUGAAGACAGUGCUAAGACAAAAAAAGAUUGACUACUUACUUGAGUAUUUCAAAGGGGACACAGUAGCUCUUAUUGGAGAGGGUAAGGUAAAAGCCAUUGGGCAGUCCAAAGUGAAAGAAUGGUAUGUGGGAGUCCUGAGAGGUAAGGUUGGGCUUGUACAUUGCAAAAAUGUCAAGGUGAUUGAAAAAGAACAAGUAAUAUCUAUGUCCAAUAAUGUUUUCACAACCAGAAAUCUUCUCGAACAAAUUACCCUACCCUUUAAAAAACUGACUUACAUCUACUCAGUUGUAUUGACUUCGGUGUCAGAAAAAGUUUAUGAUUGGAAAGUUUUAGCUGAAGUCUUGGGUUACUCACAUCUGGCACUAGAAGACUUUGACCAAACACAAGCUGACAAAGAAUCAGAAAAAGUUUCCUAUAUUGUAAAGAAGUUAAAGGAAGAUUGCCAUGCAGAUAAAAAUACCAGGAAGUUUCUUUAUGAACUUAUUGUGGCUCUGCUGAAGAUGGAUUGCCAAGGGUUAGUAGCACAUCUCAUCCAAGAGGCUGCUAUUCUGACUUCAGCUGUCAAGCUUGGAAAAGGCUGGAGGGAACUAGCUGAAAAGUUAGUACAACUCACAAAGCAACAGAUGGAAGCAUAUGAAAUUCCUCACCGAGGAAAAGCUGGAGAUGUUGCUGCUGAGAUGAUGUGGAAGCCUGCCUAUGAUUUUCUCUAUACUUGGGGUGCUCACUAUGGAAACAGCUACAGAGACGUGUUACAAGAUCUUCAAUCAGCUUUGGACAGAAUGAAAAACCCUGUGACCAAACAGUGGCGAGACUUAACUGGAGCUUUAAUACUAAUACAUUCCUUAGAGUUUUUGAGAGCAACUGCAUUCUCAACUUCUGAUGAAGUAUAAAAAUGAAGGGUAUGUUCCGGGGAGGAAGGGAGAAUGGUAGGGGGAAAAUGAGUGUGUGUGUGUGUGU